ACGUGUGACUUGUCAAUCACAGGGAGUCAAUAUUAAUUUUUUUUUCUUUAACUGUUCGCUUUGCUGCCUCUGACACAGCAGUCUACAUUCCUCUACAUCGUUGUCAACAUGUUGGGACCACUCAUCUUCCUCAGUGCUCUUGCUUUUACGCAUGGUCAUUCUCAUGUUACCCAAAUGCGAUGGUGCACAAUCAAAGCCUUAGAACAACAAAAAUGCCAAGAUUUUGUAUCUGCGUUGAAAAAUUUGUCAAGUGAACUCAACAUCACCUUGAAAGCUAGUUGUGUUCAGGGAAGUAAUGCCAUUGAUUGCAUGCUAAAGAUCAAAGACGGACAAGCUGAUCUUAUUACACUGGAUGGAGGAGAAAUAUAUGAAGCAGGUAAAAACUACGAGAUGACUCCUGUAGUUGCAGAAUACUACGGAGAAGGUACUGGUACCAGUUACUAUGCUGUGGCAGUUGUUAAAGGGUCAGGUUCGGUCAAAUCGAUCAAGGAUCUGAGAGGAAAGAAAACCUGUCAUACAGGAGCAGGCAAAACGGCUGGUUGGGUCGUACCAGUUGGUACUUUACUGUCCAAGAAAUAUAUGGAUCAAGACUCCACCUGUAAUCCGUACGUAUCAGCUGGAAAGUAUUUUUCGGAAAGCUGUGUACCAAGAGUGAAGGAAGAAAAAAUUGAUACAACAAAAAAAAAUCCCGACAACCUGUGCGCGUUGUGCAAAGAUGAAUGCAUGAAAGAUGGAAAUUAUUCUGGUUACAGCGGCGCGUUUAAAUGCUUGAUGGAUGGUGCGGGUGAAGUGGCAUUUGUAAAACAUACAACCGUGAGCGAAUCACCGGCGUCAGCAAGUGAUUACUUAUACCUGUGUUACGAUGGAACCACUGCUGAAAUUGGACAGCACAUUAACUGCCACCUUGCUAAAGUUCCCUCUCACGCCGUGAUGACCAAAAAGGGACACAGCAAAAUGACGACGUAUGUCAAGAUUCUAUUAGAAACCUCAACGCGUUAUGGGAACGAUUCUGGUGAUGGGUUUAGGAUGUUUGAUUCAUCCAAAUAUCCCGAUGGAAAAGAUCUCCUUUUCAAAGAUUCCACCGAAAAGCUGGAAGAUGUCUCUGCUAUGACCUAUGAAAAGUUUCUUGGUGAAGAGUACAUGGGCGAUGUCUCAGCGAUCAACGAUUGUGUGCCUAUUUCAGCUGCCGAAAGUAAGAGGCCUUUCUUCGUUGGCUCUCUCCUGCUUUCAUCGGUGGCUCUGGUGCUGCUCGUUUAAAUAUAAUCUGGCACACGCUGAUCAACCCACGUAAGAGGUGUGCUUUGAGAAAGUAAGAUUAGGAAACUUUCCCGGUUGCCAUCAUGUGACAGGAAAGUUGUGUUCUAUCGGGAUCAACCGUUUCAAUUGCAAUCCUUUUAUGACUAUGACGCGGUAAUUUUUUGGAAUUGUCAUUUCCAUACUUCUCAGCAUUCACGAGACUGAAGGAAGACAACGAGGCAGUCAAUUACUGUCUCGUGGCGCGAUUUCGAUUAUUUUUUGCCGGUUUGGUUAGCGUAACGAAAGAGCACGAGUAAGAUUUUUACAGCGAGCAUCACGGACAGGAACUGAAGCAAGCGCUUGACUUCUUUAAGCCCGCGUAACGUGCGAGUAGGCUUUCAUGAUUAACGCUUUGACACGAGUGUUUCUUCACCUGCGGGAAAGUAUGAGGCUUAGAGUAACGCCACCCGGCAAAUCUCUUCCCGACUCGUCUUCAAUCUUCCCGCGGGCGGAGAAACGCGCGUCCUGCAGCGCUAAUAAUUAGGGCAUCCUACCAGGCUACCAUAUAUACAAUAUAACGGCCACUACCCAAGAGUUUUCCACCACUGAAGACCACACCUCAAACGGUUUGCUCCCGAUAGAAUACGUAAAAACCCUAACCAACACAACCAACUGAAAACGAUUGAUCAAAAUAGAACAUGUACGAAAGCUUUUUAAGUUUUCACGUCGACCUUGGUUCAUUCUAAAUAGAAUAAGCAGGGCUGGCACUUAACUCUGGUUGUUCUCGUUUGUCAGCAGUCAUUCUUUAACACGUCACACAAUGCACCCAGGGUCCUCGCUCCCCGUAUCGAGGAAGGAAGAGGAGGACCCUGGGAACGAAGUUGUAAUAACGUGAACAUCACAUGACAAGUUUGAAAAUGGCUGCAAGCAGAUUGAAGGAGGCAGUUUUUGUCGGGGAUUUUUUUUAGAUGUAUGGGGCUAAAUGUGCAUCAGAUGUAGCUUCCUGUCAUCAUUCUUAAAAAGAAUAGACAGAACUACGUUGAUUUCCGAUAUCAAAGCAACGCCACCCGGUUUUCUAUAGCAGUAAAGCAAGUGGAUGUUGUUAUUCUCUUUUUAGAAAAUGAGCUUUUUGUUUCAUUCGAAAAAGAAUAAACAGAACUAGCUAAGUUGCUGAGCAAA